UCCAUCUCACGCCUCUCUCACUCUCACAGUGAGAUUCUCCCGCCUCACUCAACUCUCAAGCUCACGCAGUCACGCUGCCACGCCUCUGAAUCUCUCAAAAUUUUUUUCCCUUCUCACGGCCUCUGAUCUGCUUCUCAUCCUCACGGUCACGAUUUGUCUCGGUCUCGGUCUCGCCCUUUCUGCUUCAGUGGCUUCAUCAAUCAUCAGGGAGUUAUGAAGGCAAUAAAUGUGAACAAGCUGACAUCUGCUGGGUGCAGAGUGAAAAUAUGGAUUGCAGAUUGGUUUGCCCAGCUAAACAAUAAGAUGGGAGGUGAAGAAAAUUGAGGUUGUUGGGGGCUACCUCAUUGAGAUUUAGAAGGCCGUCGGGAUGGAUAUUGAUGGAGGGAAGGUGGAGUUUCUGUGGUCCUCGAAGGAGAUAAACUCGAGAGCUCACAAGUACUGGCCUCUUGUGAUGGAUAUAGCAUGAAGGAAUACGGUUACAAGGAUAAAAAGGUGUGAUCAAAUUAUGGGUCGAAGUGAAGAGGAAGAGUUAACUGCAGCACAAAUUUUCUACCCAUGCAUGCAAUGUGCUGAUUUUUUUUUCUUGAAGGCCGACAUUUGCCAACUAGGAAUGGAUCAGCGAAAAGUGAAUGUACUUGCAAGAGAGUACUGUGAUGACAUCAAGAGGAAAAACAAGCCUAUUAUUUUGUCACACUACAUGUUACCCGGUUUACAACAAGGUCAGGAGAAGAUGUCGAAAAGUGAUCCACUAUCUUCCAUUUUUAUGGAAGAUGAUGAGGCCGAAGUGAAUUUGAAGAUAAAGAAAGCAUACUGUCCUCCAGAUAUUGUGGAAGGGAAUCCAUGCUUGGAGUAUGUGAAGUACCUCAUUUUACCUUGGUUUAAAAAGUUUGUAAUAGAGCGCAGUGCAGAGAAUGGUGGUGAUAAGAGCUUCGAAAAUUUUGAAGAAUUGGUUGCUUACUAUGAAAGUGGAAAGCUACAUCCAGCUGAUCUUAAACCAGCCUUGGCAAAGGCUUUGAAUAAGAUACUAGAGCCUGUAAGAGAACACUUUAAGAAUGACAAUGAUGCAAAAGAUCUUUUGAAAAGGGUUAAGGCUUACAGAGUCACAAGGUAACGUAGAGCACGGCCGUCAACUUUUUGCUCCUUCCAAAUUGGUGCAUUAAAGGUCUGGUAUUUGUGAAUUGGCUUGCAGCCAUUGCACUAGAUGUCAAGCCUUGUUGCAAUGGCAAAGGACCCUUUUGUGCUGAUUGGUUUAGGAUUUUGAAUGCAUUUGUUAACUACUGCCUAUUUUAGUCAAUAUUUGAAUCGGCUCAUCCCAAAUUUUCAUUUACCUUAGGAGGGCGUAUUUUUCUAAUAACACCUGACACCCAUAAACUCAUAUUGAUGUUUCCUAAAUCAUGU